AUGCCGAUGAAACGCAGCAGUGGCAGUUCAUCCAGAGAGAGCGUGUUUCUUAUUCAUUCUUUUUCCAAAACGUUGUGCAGCUCACCAGAGGAAACACAUUCAGAUUUUAACGGACAGAUGCUUUUUCAUCAGGAGGACGAUUCUGGGAUUAAAUCAGAAGCAGAAGACAGCAACGAAACGCCGUCAUCUGAGGAAGAUCCAGAUCUGGUUGACUUGAACUCAGACCUGACCAUCAAACAGAGUGUCAGCUCCUCGAGGAAGACCAUCAGCCAGAUCAUCAAGGACAAGAAGAAACAAACACAGCUCACUCUGCAAUGGCUGGAGGAGAACUACAUAGUGUGUGAAGGAGUGUGUUUGCCUCGAUGUAUUCUCUAUGCCCAUUAUCUGGACUUCUGCAGAAAAGAGAAACUAGAGCCGGCCUGUGCUGCUACUUUUGGGAAGACGAUCCGACAGAAGUUUCCUCUUCUUACAACAAGAAGACUGGGCACAAGAGGACACUCCAAAUAUCAUUACUAUGGAAUUGGCAUCAAAGAGAGCAGCGCUUACUAUCACUCUGUGUAUUCUGGUAAAGGUUUGACCAGAUUUUCAGGGUGCAAGCUCAAGAAUGAGGGUGGAUUCACCAGGAAAUAUUCUUUGAGCUCUAAAACUGGAACGUUGCUCCCAGACUUCCCAAACGCUCAGCAUCUUCUGCUGCAGGGAAACGUCUCCAGAGAAAAGUUGGACACUCUGAUCAUGAUGUACAAAACACACUGCCAGUGCAUCCUGGAUAAUGCCAUCAACAUCAACUUUGAAGAGAUUCAGAAUUUUCUGCUCCACUUCUGGCAGGGAAUGCCCGACCACCUGCUGCCGCUGCUUGAAAACCCCGUCAUAGUCGACAUCUUCUGUGUCUGUGACUCUAUUCUCUACAAGGUCUUAACAGAUGUUUUGAUUCCUGCCACAAUGCAGGAGAUGCCUGAAAGUCUGUUGGCAGAUAUCAGAAAUUUUGCCAAACACUGGGAGCACUGGUUAGCCUCUUCUUUGGAAAACCUCCCAGAAUGCCUUGCAGCUAAGAAGCUGCCCAUUGCACGCCGCUUUGUUUCCUCCCUGAAGAGACAGACCUCCUUCUUACACCUGGCGCAGAUAGCCCGUCCAGCCCUUUUUGACCAAGCUGUAGUGACCAGCAUGGUGCUGGAUAUUGAUAAAGUGGAUCUUAGCAACAUCAGCUCACAGCCUCUGCUCAGCACAACGUUCGCUGGAGACCAGGACUCAGACACCUACUCUGAAUAUGAUUCCAUCACUGUGUUUCAGGAGCUAAAGGAGCUGCUGAGGAAAAACGCGACAGUGGAAUCGUUCAUCGAGUGGUUGGACUCUGUGGUUGAGCAUAAAGUCAUCAAGCCAGGAAAGCAGAGCGGUCGGUCUGUGAAGAAGCGAGCUCAGGAUUUCCUCCUCAGGUGGAGCUUCUUUGGUGCUAGAGUGAUGCAUAACCUCACACUCAACAAUGCCUCCAGUUUUGGUUCCUUCCAUUUGAUCAGGAUGCUGUUGGACGAGUACAUCCUAUUGGCUCUUGAAACUCAGUUCAACAGAGACAAGGACCAGGACCUGCAGAACCUCCUGGACAAAUACAUGACAAAUGCAGAUGCCAGCAAAGCUGCGUUCAUGGCCUCGCCCAGUUCCUGCUUCCUAGCCAAUCGCAACAAAUCCUCUGCUCCCACGGACCAAUCAGUGAAGAACGAGUCUCUGGGAGAACACACCUACAUGUCUCUGUCCACCAAUCAGCACCAGAACCUGGAUGCAAAACCUGUUCUCUACCAGGGGAAUGACCCUUCUGGGUUCACACUCUCAGGUGGUCAGAUGGACUUCUCGGUCAGCGGCCCCCUCAUGACACCCCCGAUCUCUCCAGCUGCAUUGGUUCAUCGAGGCUCCGUCAUCAACCAGGGCCCGAUGGCAGGGAGGCCCCUGGCAUCUUCAUCUUCUUCUACCUCAGCUUGCUCCUCAUCCUCCUGCCUCUCCUCUCUCAAUGUAAUGACCCACGCCAGCCCCUGCCCCUCAUACCCAGAGACCCUGUACCACUGCUUACCUCAGCCCAACUCCAGCUAUUUCCCUCCAGCCAGCUGCUCCUCAGCUCCAAACUACCAGACUCCUCUCAGGUCUCAGACCCAGAAUCAGUGUCUGACUCCAGUUCAGUCUCAGAACUGCCACCUCCCUCGGUACCCUGCCAUCAAUGACCAACAUGUGACCAAAGACGUGUUCUACAAUCCUCACCCUGCAUCAGUACAUCCAUCAUCCAGCAGCACUAACUGCUCCUUGACUUCUUACGGCUCCACAGAGCGGGGCACGUCCAGCUUCGCUCCCAGUUCAGAUCCAGUUCAGACUGAGCAGGUGAUGGACCCGCAGACAGCAGCCCAGAUUCUGGACUCUGCAGAGGGUUUUGGUUUUGUGGGGGCUGGACUGAACCUUGCUGGUGGGUGUCAGGGACAGACCUACUCUGUAACGGGACACAGCGGUUACUAUGGAAACAGCAGCUACUUGGACAGCCAGCGCAUGGUUGACCAGCACGUGUCGGUCAUCAGCAGCGUCAGCAGUCUGCGCCACUUCCCUUCGACGUUCUCUGAAGUCCACGAUCCACUGAACAUCCUGGAUGAACUGGGAAGGAAAACUGGAGGAGGCUUUUUCAGCGAGGCGGAAACUGGAGCAGAUCAUUCCCUUCCCUCGUCAGGAUCUGUUCCCUGCAUGUUUGGACUUCCUUCUCCGUUCACUUCACAGGACACUCUGUUGUCUCAGCAGCGCGUCACGGCGUCCUCAGAGGUACAGGACCUGGUGUCCUCACUCCCACCCAUCAACACUGUGUUUAUGGGUGCAGGAGGAGGGCAGUGA